CCAGCAGUCAGCUUGUCUCUACUGUUUUCCAUUGUCUGUGACCAGAGGUGGAGAGAGGCACAGCAUCUGAAAUAUGAACCUAUUCUGCUUCUCUCUGGAGGGCUCGACAGACAGCCUGUACGAGCCUGCUCUCAACAAACACCCAGUCAUCCAAGAACACAGUUGUAGAGUUCCCAGUCGACACAACAGCCGACACAGCAGCCCUGCUCUGAGGGACAGGGCUAAGUGGAGAGGCUCAGAUCCAUGUAUACCCACAGAGCUGUCCGAGGCUCACAAAUCCCAUUUGAAAAAGAAGAAGAGAAGAUCACACGUACCAACAACGUCAACAUCGGACAAUGAAACCAUAGAUAACACAGACACUAAUGUCUACUGGCAGUCACUCAGAGAGAAGCAAGAUUUUGUUCACAUCAAGAAUAAUGACAAAGAAGAGAUGGGUCAAGGUCCUUGUCAGAGAAGCAUGCUGGCGGUAGAGGACAGAGUGGAGCAGCUGAACUCUGAAAGAAGAGAAAAAGAGCCCGCAACUCAGGGGGUGAACUUCGAGGCCUGGAACCCAAACUAUGAGCCCCCUGACAGCCAUCAGCAGAACAUGACUGGGGAUGCGGAGGCUGACAUGGCUGAAUCUAAGGGAAAGCUGAAGAGGUUCCAGAGGCUAGUGAAAGUGAAGAAGGGAAGCCAGAUGGGACUAGAUGAUGGAAAGACUGACAGCAAUUGUCACUUGGCAGACUCUGUGUUCAGUAACGACAGUCCCGUCAUCACCUGCAUCGGGCUGGGGAAGAAGACAGAGAAGAAGUCCUCGAAGGCUGACCCACCAUCGCCACAGAAGCAGCAGACUAAGGAGACCAAUGGGAAAGCUGUGGAAGGACCUUGGAGCACUGGGGUUCACGACCACCACUGGGGCCUCACAGAAUUCCCUCCACCCUGGGAUGUCCCCUACCACACCUGUCACCGGCCCCCAGACGAGCCCCGGAACUAUGGCUUUGACUUCACCCUGCCCCGAGCAACAGCUUGGGACCACUUUGAGAGUCUGGUCCAGGAACUGGACAGCAAACAGACGCCGCCAGUGUUCUCACACCAACGGGUCAUCCGCUCGAUCACAGAUCUGGACAUCUCAGAAUCCACGUCUGCAGAGGGAGAGCAGGUUAAUAGUGACCAGACCAGAUCAGGAGGUAUAGGCAAGAAGAUGAAGGCCAUCUCACUGACGAUGAGGAAGAGGAUGGGCAGGCAGUACGCUAAAGCCCUGUCAGAGGAAAUGUGCGACGAGACGGAGAGAGAUGAAGAAGGAGAAGGGGAUGUUGUUUACGGCGUCCAUUCAUUUCCAAAAGGACACAGAAAGUCCAGUCACUCUCUGGAAAGCCUCUACAGUCUCAAUAGUGGACAAAGCUCCUCCAGUGGGGUUACCAGUGGAUCAGACGGCUCCAGUAACAGAGACAGUCUGAGGCUGGAUGAGGAGCUGCCCCUUUCCUACACAGGCCAGUUCUGUGGCAGAGCCCGGGUCCACACUGACUUUGUCCCCAGUCCCUACGAUACUGAAUCACUCAAACUUAAGGUAGGGGAUGUGAUUGAGAUCAUCAGCAAGCCUCCUAUGGGGAUAUGGACAGGCAUGCUGAACAACAAGGUGGGAAACUUUAAGUUCAUCUACGUAGACCUCAUAGUAGAGAAGGUUCCUGAACCGCCUCAGAAGAUGACACACAGGAGGAGCAGGAGACCCCGGCCCAAAACGCUACAGGAACUCCUAGAGCGCCUCAAUUUGGAGGAGUAUGCCUCCUCCCUGCUCCUUAAUGGGUACCAGACAGUAGAUGACCUGAGAGAGCUGAAGGAGCAGCAUCUGGUGGAACUCAAUGUGACUGAUUCUGAACACAGACAUCGUCUGAUGGCUGCCGUCGAGUGCCUCCAAGAACCCCAAAGUGAUGGUCAGAAGGAGGGAGAGUUAAACAAGGAAGCCAAGUCCCCAACUGAGAGUAUUAAAGCUGACCUGAACUGCCCCAGAGACUCUGGCUGCUACAUGCCUUCUGACUGCUCAGACAACAGCAAGGAGGAGACAGACAUCCACAUGCCAGCAGCACUGAACCAUCAUCCUCCCAUGGCUCAGACCUAACCGCCACCAGCAGAUACACACUCCUCAGGGCCUUUCAGAAAAAUGAUCGAUGUGGAUCCAUGCAACAAUUGUCUCAUGCGAAAGACCCUUUACAUAGGACAAGAGCACUCCUCUUUGCUUUCACACUGCAUUCAGUAUCAGUAGCCUAUGUGGCUGGCAUUGCAGUUAUGCAUAAACCCACUAUUUGCACAUAAUUUCAACCCCCAAAAAUCUGUGAUGACAGUGAAUCAACCUUUAACAUAAAUCCAAUGACAAUGUUGAUUUCACGUUAAAUUCACAUUAGUUGACAACUCAACCAAAUGUAAAUCAAAACUAGAUGUUGAACUGAUGUCUGUGCCCAGUGGCUAUCUACUGUACACCAAAGGCAGAACAGGCAUUUCCUGAGUUGGCUUGGGUGCUGGUUUGUAAUGGUUGAUGAUGAUGUAUCCCAAGCCUUUACAGUUAUUCCUCAAGUCUCGUGAGUCAUCCUGUCAUAGGACCUGUGAAAUCAUUGCAGUAGGCUAGGCUUUGUUUUUAGCACAAUGUGCAAUGUCAACAUUACUGUGUGUGGGUGUACAGUACAUUUUCAGAGGUGCAUGUGGAAGAGGGAGAUAUUAAAUGAGGGUUUAAAGCAUUUUUCUACUGUAUCUCAGAUUUAUGGUAUUAUUGAACAUUUUGUUAAAGUGAUUUGAGAGUUAGCAGCUUACUGACAGUUUUUUGAAAGCUCUCCUUUAUUCUAGCAAUUGUUUUACCAAUGUACCAAUGAAAUGACUAUGAAACGCAAUAUUUUUCCAAAAAUAAAGUAUAAAAAUUUUC